GCUGGUCGCCUGCUGAUACGGAAAUUAAUUGCAGAAAAGUUGUGCAUACCUUGGAAUGAAAUACACUUGCAAAGGACGUCAAAAGGAAAACCUUUCCUGGCAAAUAAUGUAGUCAGUAUCUAUCCUAAUUACAACUUCAAUGUCUCUCAUCAAGGAGAUUAUGCAGUUCUUGCAGCUGAGCCUGAGCUUCAAGUUGGUGUUGAUAUCAUGAAGACUACUUUACCAGGUAGUAGUUCAAUUCCAAAUUUUUUUCGUAUCAUGAAGCGACAGUUUACCGAAACAGAGUGGAGAGUAAUCCAGUCUAUGAGUAGUGAAUGGAAGCAGCUGGAUAUGUUUCAUCGACACUGGGCCUUAAAGGAAAGCUUCUUAAAGGCUAUUGGAGUUGGGAUUGGCUUUAACUUGCAAAGAAUUGAAUUUAAUGUGUCCCCGUUGCAACUGGAAAUAGGCAAGGUGUAUAAUGAGACAACAAUGCUGCUGGAUGGCAAUAAAGAAGAAGAGUGGACAUUUGAAGAAACCCGGUUAGAUGACCAUCAUCAUGUCGCAGUGGCUCUUGGGAAACAGGAGGGAGCUGGACAGAAGCAUUCUGAUGUAUGUUCUACGGAGCCUAACCAACCACAGUUUACAUUAUUGACUUUUGAAGAUUUAGUUGCUUCUGGUAUUCCAGUCACACCUGAGGAUUCUGCAUAUUGGGAUAAUUUUUGUUCUAAGCAGGAGAGUCCAGUGCAAUACAAUUCAUAUUCAAGAUCAGAAUGCUUAUAA